AUCUCUCCUCAUAGCAUCAUCAUCAGCAUCUGUACCAUCUUCUCUGGCUCUCUCUCUCCCUUUAGCUGAAUCGAUUCAUCUCUUCCCUCUUUUCUCUACUUGGAUCCCUCUAUCUCUCUCUCUCUCUCUCUCUCCCACUCGGCUUCUACAACCUUCUCAUCUUCACCCAUGGUGAGCUGAAUUAGUGUGUUCUUUUACAGGAAAGAAAUACUUUUCUCACCAGACUGGCCUUGUUUCUCUCUCUUAAUCUUUCUCUCUUUCCAGUUGUCCAUGCUCACAACUUUUUCGCUCCCCCCCCCCAUGUACCGAUUCCUUUUCCAACUCUCCAACUGCGUCAAUCUAACUCCCUCCUCUCUUUCUCCUCCCCGCGGAGGUGAGAGAGGAAGGAGGGAGUCGGCUUAACCCUCAAAACAGAAGCUAGCUGUGGUAAUAUAGAGAAGAGAGCACAACAAUUCAGUAGAUCUUGAAGUGUUGAAGAAGGUGGAGAGAAGAGAAAAAAUUUUCAGGGACAUGCAACAGCAGAAAGCAGGGUCCCAAUUCGUGGUGCCGCAUUCCGAAAUGGCCCCAUUCUCCCCCUCCGCUGUCGGCUCCGGGGCGCACUUACUGGGAAUUCCCGGUCCUGACCCCCUCCAGCAGUCGCCGAUGACCGAGGCGGCGUCGCCCAUCAGCAGCCGGACACCGGCGCGGCCGCCCACCGUGGAUUUCGACGAACUAGCACCCGCGGUGGCCGGGAACUGCCCGGAGGACCAGUCUCUUGCUGGGGGCGAGGAUGCCGAGAGGGGCGGAGGCGCGACCGGAAACCGGUGGCCACGGCAGGAGACGCUCGCCCUGCUUAAGAUCCGCUCCGAGAUGGACGCCGCCUUCCGGGACGCCACCUUCAAGGGCUCUCUCUGGGAGGAGGUCUGCAGAAAACUGGGGGAGUUGGGGUACAAACGGAGCGCCAAGAAGUGCAAGGAGAAGUUCGAGAACGUGCACAAGUACUACAAGCGCACCAAGGAAGGCCGGGCAGGUCGCCAGGACGGCAAGAGCUACCGCUUCUUCAGCCAGCUGGAAGCUCUCUACAGUGGCAGCAGCGACGGCGGCGCCACCACCUCAACCGCCAACCCCGCCCCUGCUCCCCCCCUCGUUGCCGCCUCAUCUGCCUUCAGCGCCGGCAUGGCGGGACCACCCGUCAGCAGACCCCAGCCUAUCUCUGCGACGGCCCCACCAACCAUGGCGACGCCCACUAGGGUGGUCGUCCCCGAUCUGGCGCUACCCGGGGGCCUGCAAGGACUCACGAGCUCUGCUGUCGCUGGGAUAACGUUUUCGUGGAAUUCUUCCUCUUCUUCGUCGUCUUCGGACUCCGAUGCCGAGGAAACCGGAGAUGCCGAUGAGAAUCAGGAAGGGAGGAAGCGGAAACACGGCGGGGGGUCAGGACCAAGCCGGAAGAUGAUGGCCUUCUUCGAUCGGUUGAUGAACCAGGUGAUGGAACGGCAGGAUGUUAUGCAGCAGCGGUUCUUAGAGGCCAUCGAGAAGAGAGAUCAGGACAGGAUGAUCCGAGACGAGGCCUGGCGGAGGCAGGAGAUGGAGCGGCUCAAUCGUGAGCAGGAGCUCUUAGCCCAGGAGCGCGUCAUGGCUGCCUCCCGAGACACCGCCAUAAUCUCGUACCUUCAGAAGAUAAGUGGGCAGGCCGUCCCCGUACCACCGAUGCCUGCCACCCCUAUCUCCAUUGCUCCACUUUCGCCACAGCAGCCGUCUCAACAUCCUCAUGAACGAUCACAGCCUCCGAGACAGCAGCAGCAGCAGCAGACACCACGCGCACCAGAACAGUCACCCCAGAACCAGAACGAGUGUAAGCAACACCACAAGAGCAGCGAGGUCGUCCGGCACAAGUCUUCGUCGGCGUCAGAGAUCGAUCCCACUUUGGAGCCGCAGGAGGUUGUCGGAAGUGGGAGCCUCGAGCCCAUGCCGUCAUCCUCGCGGUGGCCAAGGGCGGAGGUGCAUGCAUUGAUCAACCUCCGGAGCGGUCUCGAGUCGAAGUACCAGGAGGCCGGGCCGAAGGGGACACUGUGGGAAGAGAUCUCAGCUGGAAUGCAGCGGCUCGGCUAUAACCGGAGCGCAAAGAGGUGCAAGGAGAAAUGGGAGAACAUCAACAAAUACUUCAAGAAGGUGAAGGAAAGCAACAAGAAACGGCCGGAGGAUUCCAAGACUUGCCCUUACUUCCACCAAUUGGAAGCCAUCUACCGCAAGAAACUCCUCAGCAGCGGGGGAACCAGCAGUGGCAGCGGCAACAUCGUGGGAAUUCAACGGCAGCAAGUCCAAGAAGCCAAUCCACCUCCCAAUCAACAGAAGAGUGACGCAGUAACAAUCAUGCCACAAGAACAAGCACCUCCGCCACCACAAGAACAAGCUGGAAGCAAAAAUGGGAAGGACGGAAGCUCCAACAAUCAAAUUGGUGGGAAUUCUGAGGGCGGCGAGGUUUCCCUCGGUAUACAAGUACCAACUAGCAACGGGGGACUUCCCUCGAGAUUCUUUGGCGAAGGAUUAAACAAGUCAGAAAAUUUCGUGAAGGAGCUAAUGGGGCAACGACAGCAGCAAGCUGCCAUGGAUGAUGACUACGCUAAGUUGGAUGAAGCUGACAGCGAUAACAUGGACCAAAACGACGACAACGAUGACAACGAUGACGACGACGAGGAAGACAGGAAAAUGCAAUACACGAUACAGUUCCAGAAGCAGAAUGUGAAUAAUGCAGGAGGCAGCGGAGGGAAUGGGUCAGCUGCAGCUUCCCCGGGUUCUUUCUUGGCCAUAGUUCAAUAGAUCUGGUACCCCAAAAUCUCCAUCUCCCCAAUUAUCUUUCUCCCGGUGUAUCCAUUCGUGUUCCUGUCCUCCCCCUUCUUUUGCUUCUCUCCAUGCAUGCAUUUCCACCAUCUUCCUACACAUCACUUCUUUAGUGUAGCUUAUAGGUGUUACAUGGUUCGACAUCAAAGAGAGUUGAUUGAUGAAUGAUACACACUCAUCGCUGCAGUCCAUCCGUUGCUAUUUAUUGAUUUGUUUGUGGAAUAAGCAUCCUCUCAGGGCCAGCGGCGGCGGCACACAUCUACCAUAGGAGGCAAUAAGCACGAAGCCGUCAGCAUCGGAAGAGAGAGAGAGAGAGAGAGAGAGAGAGAGAGAGAGAGAGGAGAUUUUUUUUUGGUUGUUGUGGCAUGUACAUUGAAUUGGUGAAACGACAAGUCCAGCAAAAUCAAAGGAAUAUAUGGUAAAAAUCCUCACUGUCUCGACACCUCAAUCUCUUUUCUUCAUGAUUACCACUUAAAUUCAGAAGGACCCUCACACAAACAAGGAAAAAGAGAAAGAAAGAGGUGAGAUCAAAUCAUAGGCACUGCAAUUUGGUGCGAGGAUUCUCCUUCUUUUACUUCUCUUUCUCAUUACUGGAUUACUGUGAAGGUCUCUAAAGUUGGCUUACAUUUGAAGUUUUAAUCUGUACGUACAUUUCCUAUUUUUCUUGUCAUCAUUAAUGUUCACUCUUGCUGCUUCCGUCACCAUUUACUCCCAUCUUCUUACUGUGCACUACUACCGUUUCUCCCUGUCACAUUGAACUCUGUCAAGGACUUUAGUGGACUGCAGUGAGAAUUCUGCAAGGUAUCCACAGAAGAAAAGGAUGCAUGACGGAAAGCCUCUUGCUGGCUUUAAGAAAAGAUGAAAGAAGUGGUCGGUAUGUGUGAUGGUUAGCUACAAGUGCCGAGUGUAAAGGGAAGCUAAGACGGUAUUAUGAGGGAACGUGAAGGUUGCAGGCAGCCGCUGAUGGCGUUGAGAUGCCCAACCCCGCUUUCUUCCUCUUUUCCUCUGUACCUUUUCUUUAUGAAAUGUUCCCUUUUGUUCUUUUAUUGCUUUCUUUCAGAUCUCUGCUUAACAAAAGGUAGCCGACACAACAAGUUUUGUCAGUGACAUGCAGUGCUUUGGAUUCCUAAAAUGCCCCCUUCUCUCAUCAAAGCAGACUAGAGAGUUUGUCGGCAAAGAUUUAAGCUCGCAGGAGGAGGAGGCAUUUGCAGCAAUGACUGGGGACUAAUACGAGAAGGAAAAGGAGCGGGGGACAAACUGUGGGAAGGGCGGGCCGGCUGCAUGUGCGCGGACUUCACACUUCACGAGGCGUGCUUCUGCUGCUGUCAGUAUGUGUUUGAGAGAGAGUGAGAGAGAGAGAGAGAGAGAGAGAGUGAGAGAGAGAGGGAGCGUUAUACCGCACCAUGCGAUCGAUGAUCUAUCACUGCACAACGUACGCCAACUCCAGUGGAGGUUAUCUACGCAUCAAUCCUGCAUCUUGCGCUACGUCACUCACGUGACCGUUGGAUCUGCGCGCGCCUCUCUUCUUUGACUUUUGUACGAUGAUGUAUAUAUUCUUAUCAUGCCGUGAGGUAAAUAACAUCGUAUGCGACUCGCCAUGAAUUAAUAUUUCA